AAAUUUUUUUUUAAAAAUGACUGUAUUAACCACCUCCAGUCUGGCCGCUGUAUAUACACGGCCGGACGGUGGGCAGUGCAGGGUCGGGUGGCUGUUUAUAAACGGCCCUCCCCACCCCCUGCUUGUGCGCGCUCCCUGGGAAUGUGCAGCACCACGAUCCGGUGCCCGUUGUGUCCUCCGGACACAGUGGAACACCGAUCUUUGGACGGGACCUCUGUGCAAGGUCCCGAUCAUGUGAUCACUGAUUGGCCAAUCAGUGAUCACAUGCAGAGUAGUAAACAAAAGAUUUCACUUUUGACAUCAUUGCUUACUAUGUGUGAAAUCUGUGAAUGAUCACAGAGGUCACAUGGUACAAGGCUAUUCACAACAGCCUUGUACCA